GGGAUGAGAGCAGCUCAGUGUGUGUGUGACUGCAGCCUGAUAAACACACACACACGUGCGUGCGCACGCUCCUGAAAACACACUUUAAAAUUCUAACAUUGAAUUAAAAGUGAAAUUAAGUCCUCCAUCAUGGAUCUGGACCCGACCGUCAUCAUCCCCGCGAUCCUUUUCACCGUCGUUGCCAUUUAUUUCGCUUCGUCACUCCUGAGCAAGAAGGCCGACUCCGCCGCCGCCUCUGCCGGGAAGAAGAAGCCCAAAGUCGGCUACGGAGACGACGUCCCCCCGUCCAGAGCUCUGGGAGUCCCGCGAACAGAGACUCCUGCUCCGGCUGUGGAGGUCGUCCCGGUCGCCGAGAAGAUCCAGGACUCACAGGUUCAGGCUGUUCCAGAACCCGCGUCAGCACCAGAAGCUGUCCCUGAACCAGUAAAAGUACCAGAACCUGUGUCGGCACCAGAGCCUGUCCCUGAACCAGUGAAAGAACCAGAACCCGUGUCGGCACCAGAACCUGUCCCUGAACCAGUAAAAGUACCAGAACCCGUGUCGGAACCAGAACCUGUCCCUGAACCAGUGAAAGAAUCAGAACCCGUAUCAGCACCACAAUCUGCUCCUGAACCAGUAAAAGUACCAGACCCAGUCACAGUAUCAGAGAUUUUACCAGAACCAAAACAUGUUCCAGAAGUAGCUACAGCACCAGAACCUAUCCCAAAGCCAGAACCUGUACCAAAGCCAGAAUCAGUACCUGAACCUAUCCCAGAGCCAGUUUCAGCACCUGAACCUGUCCCAGAACCAGCUGCGGUUCCAGAACCAGCAUCAGUACCCGAACCUGUCCCAGAACCUGUUGCAGUGCCUGAUCCAGAGCCUGAACCGGUAUCUGAAGCGAUCCAGCAGCUUGCAGCUGAACCUGAACCCGAGCAGUCCUCACCUGAGAUAAUCCCUGCAACCACAGAAGACCACCUGCCGACCCCUGAACCCGUCGUGGAAGCACCUACUGAGCCUGAACCAGAACCUGAACCAGAGACCGUCCUGAACAAUGAUGUGGCUGCAGCCGAAGAUAAAGUGACGUUCACUCCGGGGAAGAAACAGAGCAAGUUCGAGACGCUGAUGACCAAGGAGGAGAUCGAGGAGGAGCAGAGGGUGCAACAGGAGCAGCUGGCGGCUAUCUUCCUGUUGCUAAGGGCGAACCAGGAGGUGCUCGGGGAGGUGACGGAGGGCGACAUGGAGGAGCAGCUGAAGCUCUACUCCCUGUGAGACGCCGCCGUACCGGCUGAACACUAAAUCACAAAACCGGAAUGUAAAAUAUUGUAGAUUUACGUUUUGUUUUUGUUUUUUCUUUACCUUUAUUUAACCAGAAAGAACCUCACUGAGAUAACAAAUCAGGUGAAACACCUGCAGUGUUAUUAUUUAUUUAGUACAAAUGAGGAACCAAUAAAAUUACGUGUGAGGGGAAAAAGGCCAGAGCUAUUACACUGGAAUUAAUUUUACUGCUAAAAUGCUGACUACUGAUUUAUUUAUAGACAGUUACAGUAUAACAGUUAUAUUCUUACUGUUUAACGUGAAAUGCUUGUUAUUAUUAAAAUGACAUAAGCUGCAGAACUUGAGGCUAAGCCUUGGAGGAACAUCAGACCAGCCUACACUGGAGUUAAACGGUGCUACGACGGCGGAGAAGAUGUGGGUUAGUUGAGUCACACCAGAGUGAUUUUGAUUUUUUUGUUCUUGUAAGUUUCACACUUUCAUCUAGGAUUUUUGUUUUCUCGGUUUAUUAACCCAUCACCCUGGCAGUGAACAGUUAGGAGAAUUUAAUUCUAGCCUGCAGAGGGGCUCCAUCUCAGAAACUGUCCCUUUAAUUAA